GCUGGGCUGCCCGGGGGGGAGAUGAGUCCUCGCCGGGAGGGCGCCUCUGGGAAGAAGACCGCGGGCGAAGCAAAGUUGCAGGGCAGCUGAGGAGCUCGGCCGCAGCCCUUCCAGCCCCGCUCACCCCAGGCUAUGGAGGGCCGACUCUAAAAUGAAUCCCGAUCUGGACACCGGCCACAACACAUCAGCACCUGCCCACUGGGGAGAGUUGAAAAAUGCCAACUUCACUGGCCCCAACCAGACCUCGAGCAACUCCACACUGCCCCAGCUGGACAUCACCAGGGCCAUCUCCGUGGGCCUGGUGCUGGGCGCCUUCAUCCUCUUUGCCAUCGUGGGCAACAUCGUGGUCAUCCUGUCGGUGGCCUGCAACCGUCACCUGCGGACGCCCACCAACUACUUCAUCGUCAACCUGGCCAUUGCCGACCUGCUGCUGAGUUUCACCGUGCUGCCCUUCUCGGCCGCCCUGGAAGUGCUCGGCUACUGGGUGCUGGGACGGGUCUUCUGUGACAUCUGGGCCGCCGUGGAUGUCCUGUGCUGCACGGCCUCCAUUCUGAGCCUGUGCGCCAUCUCUAUCGAUCGCUACAUUGGGGUGCGCUACUCUCUGCAGUACCCCACGCUGGUCACCCGGAGGAAGGCCAUCUUGGCGCUCCUCAGCGUCUGGGUCUUGUCCACAGUCAUCUCCAUCGGGCCUCUCCUUGGGUGGAAGGAGCCCGCGCCCAAUGAUGACAAAGAAUGUGGGGUCACUGAAGAACCUUUCUAUGCCCUCUUCUCCUCCCUGGGCUCCUUCUACAUCCCUCUGGCGGUCAUUCUGGUCAUGUACUGUCGCGUGUACAUCGUUGCCAAGAGGACCACCAAGAACCUGGAGGCCGGAGUCAUGAAGGAGAUGUCCAACUCCAAGGAGCUGACCCUGAGGAUCCACUCCAAGAACUUUCAUGAGGACACCCUCAGCAGUACCAAGGCCAAGGGCCACAACCCCAGGAGUUCCAUAGCUGUCAAACUUUUUAAGUUCUCCAGGGAAAAGAAAGCAGCCAAGACCUUGGGCAUUGUGGUCGGUAUGUUCAUCUUGUGCUGGCUACCCUUCUUCAUUGCUCUGCCGCUUGGCUCCCUGUUCUCCACCCUGAAGCCCCCCGACGCCGUGUUCAAGGUGGUGUUCUGGCUGGGCUACUUCAACAGCUGCCUCAACCCCAUCAUCUACCCGUGCUCCAGCAAGGAGUUCAAGCGCGCCUUCGUGCGCAUCCUCGGGUGCCAGUGCCGCGGCCGCCGCCGCCGCCGCCGCCGCCGUCGCCUGGGCGGCUGCGCCUACACCUACCGGCCGUGGACGCGCGGCGGCUCGCUGGAGCGCUCGCAGUCGCGCAAGGACUCGCUGGACGACAGCGGCAGCUGCCUGAGCGGCAGCCAGCGGACCCUGCCCUCGGCCUCGCCGAGCCCCGGCUACCUGGGCCGCGGCGCGCCGCCGCCCGUCGAGCUGUGCGCCUUCCCCGAGUGGAAGGCGCCCGGCGCGCUCCUGAGCCUGCCGGCGCCCGAGCCCCCCGGCCGCCGCGGCCGCCACGAUUCGGGCCCGCUCUUCACCUUCAAGCUCCUGUCGGAGCCCGAGAGCCCCGGGACCGACGGCGGCGCCAGCAACGGCGGCUGCGAGGCGGCGACCGACGUGGCUAACGGGCAGCCGGGCUUCAAAACCAACAUGCCCCUGGCGCCCGGGCAGUUCUAGAGCCCCCGGGGGGG